GAAACAGUCUCCAUAUAGGUAUUCUUGAAAAACCUCUUCCAGGUCCUACUGCUAAAGGAUUUUACAAAAACAAUCAAUGGCAUGAACACUCUCAUCUUUAACACAUAGACAUGCUCUCAGUCCCUCCUCCUAAUCAUGGCUGUAACUCUUCAAACAGACUCUGUCUUCACGUCUAUGACAUGAGGAGUCAUGGUGUAUAGAAAGUGUACAAUGUAUUGCUCUGUGCGACAUCUGCAUGACGAUCAAAGUGCUAUUGUUUACAGGGUGAAGGUGAAACCUCAAACCACAACUAUUACUGAUUAUUAGAGGUGGUCAUUUCCGAGAGGGGGUCGAUUUCUCCCUGCCUUUAGUGUCUUAUUGGACUUUGAAGAACCGAAGCUGCCUUGUGAAGCGUAAUCAUAUAUGUUUUCUUUGCCUCGCUGAUCAAACCGCAAUAUGACUCUGGUAAGCGUGCACUGUGUCCUUUUAUUUCAUUAAAGGAAUAGUUCACCCAAAAAUGAAAAUUUGCUGAAAAAAAUACUCAGGCCAUCCAAGAUGUAGAUGAGUUUGGUUCUUAAUCGGAAACAGAUUUGAAGAAAUUUAGAAUUAUGCACUUGUUCACCAAUCCUCUGCAGUGAAUGGAUGCCGUCAGAAUGAGAGUUAAAAACAUAUAAUCCACAAGUAAUCCACAUGGCUCCAUUCAUUUAAAUGAAUUAGUUCUGAAUCGAAAAGCUAGGUGUUUGUAAUAAACACGUGUUGUUGAUUCCGGCUGAAAUACGAGUUUUCUAAACAUAAUAUUGCUGUCUCCAGUGAAAUAGUUGUCUCAUCUGAAUCAGGAGAGAAAUAUGCACAGAUCAAGCACUAUUUACAAGCGAAAACAUUCCAGAAUUCUAAACAAAUACGUAUUUUGUCCAGAAGCAACGGCUUAAAGUUAAAACAUCUUAAUGAUGGAUUUUUUCUUAUUUUACUUCAAAGGUAUUUAACUGAUGGACUGGAGUCGUAUGAAUUACUUGUGGAUUAUUGUGGUGCUUUUAUCAGCUGUUUGAACUCUCGUUCUGAUGGCACCCAUUCACUGCAGAGGAUCCAUUUCUUCAGUCUGUUCUGAUAAAUAAACAAACUCAUCUAUACAUAGGGAGUGUGACCGGCGUCUGAACAGCAGCAGGAGAGGAAGGGGAGUGGAAGGACAUACAGUGACCUUGUGUUCUCUGAGGAUAAACCUUAGCAAACACACCUUCACCUCUAAUCUCACACUUCUAUUUAUAUAUUUGAUAGAUUUUAUACAUACACAAUCUUCUCAAAAUUUAUGGUAAGUAUAGAUGACUGCCAAAGUGUUAAUGUAGCAUUGGAUUGCGCUAUGGGGAAUUACUUGUUCCUGGCCCUUACUUUCAGCAUUGUGCUGCUCUAAUGCCCUGUUGGGACACAACCUUGAACUUCAUUGUGAAAUUUUCUUUGCAUUGUCCGCAGCUCCAUCACUGUGUUCUCCACCCAUGUGGCCCUCAAAUUCUAUAUUCCCUCUUUAUACGACCCCUGAGGAUCUCAGUGGAGACUGAUAACAAAUAUUUGGUGCCAGAGAGCGGUCUUGGGUGGACCCAGCAUCAAAGGGCAAUCAUGGCUCCAGCUGGGUGGCCACCGGCCUCUUAUUUCCUCCCACAUGCUCUCCUGCCAUUCAUUCUGAUCCAGGCCCCGUCAGGGCUGAGUGGACCCAUGGGAUCCGACCAACGGGACCGCUCAUGGCCACUUCCUGGUCAUUUAAGACCUGUGCUGCAGAAUGGAGGGCCAUUGUCCAGACUGUUAUCUGAUGGCCCGAGCCAAAAGGCAGACAAAGCCAAGUGCCUGGAGACUCACCCCUUCCGCUUUGCUGAGGUUACGGUGCUUUUUUUAAAGCAUGGCGAUGGAUGAUUGCAAAGAGGGGUCGGUGUAGACAAUCCUGCAUCGUCUACCUCCAUCAAAACCUGUUGGCAACUAACUUGACUUGUCAACUCUCAUUACUCACAAGCUGCAAUAUCCAGAGGAUAUUCCACAAGCUUUUCUAACAGCUAUCACGAAAAGGUGUCAAGUCUCCAGGGAGGGUCUGCCAGCACCCCCCCCCCCCACUACUGACUGCCUGAUCAUGCCCCUGACAUGAGUGAGGCUUGGAUCCUCGGCACAGGUGUUGCAGCAGCGUUGGCACAGAAUUCCCAUGCCCGAGCACAUAGCCCAGUGUUAACCACUAUCUGCUGGCUCUUCCCAACGGACCUGUGCUUCCAUUGAGGGAUAUUACAAGCGGCAGGCGCUCUCCUCUGAUCUGCAUGCGCUCGGCACUCUCUCAGUCCUGGAGCCGUCUGUUCUGUUGUGGGGAAAGAGGAAGAAAAGAUCUUAGAAGACAAGGAGUAAAACUGUCUCUGACGCGCCUGCUUGUCGUCAGCGGGUGAAGUGAACUCAAUGAAGGGAAGUCAAUAGACGUAAUGUACAGUAGACCGAGAUGUCCUGACUUUCUGAUGAUGACUUUCUCACAAAUGCCUCACUCAAUGUGUGUCAUUCCAGUGGUGACUCAGAAGUAUGUCAUUUGAUCGUACUCCCAGCUCCUCUCCAGAAAGCGGUCCUAACACCCUUUCCUUUUUGGCCACCACAUGCAGUCAGGCUUGGCAGGAGGGGUCUCAGCUCCCUUACGAGGGGCCGGUGGGCUCCGCUUCCAGCAUGUUUCAGCUCUGGAGCAAUGACGUGGCCCCAAACUCCAGCUUGAGCGCUCACCAGAUGACCUUCACCGUGCCCAAAAUGCAGUUCCCCGGCCACAUGCAGCCCACCCUGGGCUCGCACUCCCAUCAUCACCACCAUCACCACCAUCACCACCACGAGCUCCCCCUCACCCCUCCAGCCGAGCCUCCAUCCGCCUACUCAUUCGAUCUGUCUCCAGUAAAGAUGCUCUCCUCCCAGGCACAGGGGAACCCGCCGUACUACACGCAGCACAAUGCUGUGGGUCAGAACUUUCCUAGCUUCCUUCAAAACGCUUCAGGAAGACCUCACCUGCCAGGUGGACACGUUGAGGACGGCCAGCAGUGGUGGAGUCUCCCUCAGAGUAACAGCGCACCCUCCGGUCACCCCUUCUCUUUGGGACGCCAGCUGGUUUUGGGCCACCAGCCUCAAAUCGCUGCUCUUCUGCAAGGAACCUCAAAAGGUCUGUUGAGCUCAACUCGUCGUUGUCGCAGGUGCAAAUGCCCCAACUGCCAGUCCACGGGAAACGGAGGUGCUGCUCUGGAGUUCGGGAAGAAAAGACUACACAUUUGUCACAUUCCAGAUUGCGGCAAGGUCUACAAAAAAACCUCUCACCUGAAGGCGCACCUGCGCUGGCAUGCUGGCGAGCGGCCCUUCAUCUGUAACUGGCUCUUCUGCGGAAAGAGCUUCACGCGCUCAGAUGAGCUGCAGAGGCAUCUUCGCACGCACACCGGGGAGAAGCGUUUCGGCUGUCAGCAGUGUGGGAAAAGGUUUAUGCGGAGCGAUCACCUCUCCAAGCAUGUGAAGACCCACCAGAGCAGGAAGAGCCGGUCCAGUCAGCCUUCUCAAAGCGGGACUGAUGCACUGCUAAGCAACAUUAAGAGAGAGUAAAGGAUGCUGAAUGCAAAAGAACACAGUAUAGUAUCAGGAAUGAACCAGAGACCCUUUGAGGCCAUUUGCGUCAUCUAAAAUUUUUUAUAGAAAAGGUGAAAUUGUUAAAAAUACAGUAUAUUCCAAAAAGCAAUAGGAGCAUGGGCCUGUUUUGAAAACACUGGAGCGAACGCACACAAUGCUGCACUGAAAUUGAUCUUUGAGACUUUAAAGAGACUUUAGGUCACAGUGGACAUGAUAGAGCUGAAAAAAUUUACAUUAUUUAUGGCUCUGGAUGCAAAGACUUCUUCUGACCAAAUUUGCCCUUGCACAUUUAUUUAAGGAUAAUUCAAUUCCACUAAAGAAAUUCUCUGAACAGCACAUCAAAAGUAUUUGUUACAUGGUGAAAAUGUCAUUUGUUUACAUUUUGUUGUUGCUUUCUCUAGUUUUUAGGGAAAAUUGAUGCCUUAUAUUAAAAUCAUAAGAUCUGGUUGCAAAAUUUGCCAACAUUAUUCCCUGACAGAUCACCGUAGGUCUUGUUUUCUUGCAGAGAAUGGCACUGCUAUAAAUCUAUUUCACUCUAAAUCUAAAUAGUUUCAAGACAUGAACCAAAUGUAUAUAAUGUUUAUAUAGCGCACAGUUCUAUUAAGACCAGCAUGUGAAAUAUUAAUAAACACAAAUAACUGUGCAAA